UCUGAACUUUAACACAUCGCCCAAUAACAUCUCCAGGCAAUGUUAACGUUUCGAGUUUUAAAGCAUUUACAGGAAUCAGAUGCGAAAUGCCUUACAAUAUUCACAAAUACCCACAAGGAGAAUAACUGCGCUGACAUUGCAAUGGAUAAAAAAUGAAAUGUAGCUGUUCUCUAACCUCCCCUCCAAUCAAAGAAAAUGCUGAAGAUGUUUUCAAAGCUUCAAACAGUUGCCCUAAUUCUAAUUUCCAAAGGAUUUCUCUUUCUUUCAUAUGGUGAAAGCAAUUUUGGCAAGAAGGAGAUCAAAAUUGAAGGAGAUUUGGUCUUGGGUGGGCUCUUUCCUGUACAUGAGAAAGGCUUGGGAACAGAAGACUGUGGCAGAGUGAACGAAGAUCGAGGUAUCCAACGUUUGGAAGCCAUGUUGUUUGCAAUAGAUCAAAUAAAUCGAGACACUUACUUGCUUCCAGGUGUAAAGCUUGGAGUUCAUAUAUUGGACACAUGUUCACGAGACACAUAUGCUUUGGAACAAUCUCUUGAAUUUGUAAGAGCAUCUUUGACAAAAGUAGAUGAAACAGAAUAUAUCUGCCCCGAUGGAUCAUAUGCGAUUCAGGACAACAAUCCUUUAGUGAUUGCAGGUGUGGUAGGUGGCUCAUACAGUAGUGUCUCUAUACAGGUAGCAAAUUUGCUUAGACUGUUCCAGAUUCCACAGAUCAGCUAUGCUUCAACAAGUGCAAAACUCAGCGAUAAAAGCCGCUAUGAUUACUUUGCGAGAACAGUACCUCCUGACUUUUAUCAGGCAAAGGCUAUGGCAGAAAUUUUGCAGUUCUUCAAUUGGACUUAUGUGUCGACCAUUGCUUCAGAAGGUGAUUAUGGAGAGACGGGAAUCGAAGCCUUUGAGCACGAGGCACGGCUUCGAAAUAUUUGCAUUGCUACUUCGGAGAAAGUCGGCCGUUCCACCACAAAGAAGUCCUACGAUGGCGUUAUACAAGAACUGCUCAACAAAGCCAAUGCGAAGAUUGUUGUGCUUUUCACACGGGGCGAUGAUGCCAGAGAGCUUCUUGCUGCAGCCAGCCGAUUGAAUGUUUCUGGCUUCACCUGGAUUGCCAGUGAUGGAUGGGGAGCGCAAGAAAUUGUCAUUAAGGGGAAUGAGCAGAUUGCCAAUGGUGCGAUAACCUUAGAGCUUGCAUCUUACCCCAUUAAACAAUUUGAUAAGUACUUUCAAAGCCUCCACCCUCACACCAACAAACGCAACCCAUGGUUUAAAGCAUUCUGGCAACAGAAAUUUCAGUGCAUGUUACAAAGCAGUCGAUCUCGUCAAAAGUUGUGUGACAGACGACUCUCAAUCAACAACUCCAACUAUGAGCAAGAGACAAAGAUAAUGUUUGUUGUCAAUGCAGUGUACUCAAUGGCACAUGCCUUACACAGGAUGCAACGGAUAUUGUGCCCAAAUACUACCAGACUCUGUGAUGCCAUUAUGCCACUGGAUGGAAAGAAGUUAUACAAAGGAUACUUAAUCAAAAUUAACUUCAGUGCCCCAUUCCGUCCCCCAGGCGAUAUGGACAGUGAAGUCAAAUUUGAUGAAAAUGGAGAUGGUAUUGGCCGAUAUAAUGUGUUCAACUUUCAGAAAGUUGCAGGAAAAUACACCUACAUCAAGGUUGGCCAAUGGGCAAAGUCUUUGUCCCUGAACACAGCCCUGAUUCACUGGCCCAAACAUCACAUCCCCACAUCGCAAUGCAGUGAUCCGUGUGCCAGAAACGAGAUCAAAAACAUGCAGCCUGGAGACGUCUGCUGCUGGAUUUGCGUGCCAUGUGACCCCUAUGCAUACCUGGAGGAUGAGUUCACGUGCAAGGACUGUGGGCCGGGCAGAUGGCCCAAUGAAGACCUCACAGGAUGCUAUGACUUGCCGGAGGAGUUUAUCAGAUGGGGAGAUGCCUGGGCUGUAGGACCAAUUACUAUCUCAUGUGCUGGGAUUGUUACUACACUGAUGGUUGCCACUAUCUUUGUCAAGCACAACAACACACCUCUUAUCAAAGCCUCAGGACGUGAACUCUGCUACAUUUUGCUGUUUGGGGUCUUCUUUUCCUACUGUAUGACAUUUUUCUUUAUCGCAAAACCCUCGCCCGCUAUAUGCACCUUGCGGCGAUUGGGACUUGGCACAUCCUUUGCCGUGUGCUACUCAGCACUGCUUACCAAGACCAACCGUAUUGCUCGGAUAUUUAAUGGUGUGAAGGAAGGGGCCCAGAGACCCAGGUUCAUCAGCCCUAGCUCUCAAGUCUUCAUCUGUCUCAGUCUCAUCUCAGUUCAGAUUAUCAUUGUGUCAGUCUGGCUCAUGCUGGAGGCUCCUGGUACAAGAAGGUACACUGUUCCUGAGAAAAGAGAGACAGUCAUUCUGAAAUGUAAUGUAAAAGACUCCAGCAUGUUAAUAUCUUUGACAUAUGAUGUGGUGCUGGUGACCCUGUGUACAGUCUAUGCCUUUAAGACAAGAAAAUGUCCUGAAAACUUCAAUGAAGCAAAAUUUAUUGGAUUUACCAUGUACACCACAUGUAUCAUCUGGCUUGCCUUUCUGCCUAUAUUUUACGUGACUUCCAGUGAUUAUAGGGUUCAGACAACCACCAUGUGUAUCUCAGUCAGCCUGAGUGGUUUUGUGGUGCUGGGCUGUCUCUUUGCGCCAAAGGUGCACAUUAUUGUGUUUCAGCCACAGAAGAAUGUGACCAGCCACAGACUCACCAUGAACAGGUUCAGUGUCAGCGGAACUGUCACUAGUCACUCACACUCAUCUGCCAGUGCUCAUUAUGUUCCCACUGUUUGCAAUGGAAGAGAAAUUCUAGACUCAACCACAUCAUCUUUGUGAAGUUGUUUCCCAAUUCUGCUGUCAAACUGUUGUUCUGUUCAGAACCGCACGCAUCGUGCGCUAUGGUGAAUCAGUAACUUGUUUUGUAGAAACAGCGUAUUAAAUUAUUUUUAAGGGCUGUAAAUAACUAAUAGUACUCUUGUUUUUCUGGUUAAUCGUAUUUUAUCCUGUAAAUAACUAUUAUUUACAUACAUUGUUAUAAACUGUUUACUUAGGGCAAGUACUAUAAGAAAUAUGGCAAACUGGCUAUUAUAAAGUUUUGAGGUUUUAUUGCCAUCCUUAAUGUAUUUACACUAGAAUGCAGAGUAAUUUUUAUGUAUAUACAAAUCGUUACAUUAUGUAACUUAUGGUUCUAACAGCA